CGGAGUGAGGCAAGUUAGCGCGCCUGGGGUUGCCAAGGUGACACAUAUACAACGCGGCGCCUUAAUAGUGUCGGCACGCUGCUCUAUAGGAUUGCGCCCGUUCAACUGGAACAGCUAGAGGAUGGCAGCGCACAGAUAAGUCAGUCAUUAUUUGCGUGACUACGCGAGAAGUCUCCUCAUGAUACCAUGAAUAGAUAUAAAACAAUUAGCAAAAUAGGUGAAGGCACUUUUUCGGAGGUUUUAAAGACACAAAGUUUACAAGAUGGAAACUUUUAUGCAUGCAAAAAGAUGAAGCAGCAGUUUAAAAGUGCUGAACAAGUUAACAAUCUGCGAGAAGUGCAAGCUCUGAGGCGACUCAGUCCGCAUCCAAACAUCUUAACAUUAUGCGAAGUUAUCUUUGACAGAAAAUCUGGUGGUCUUUCCCUCAUUUGUGAACUUAUGGAUAUGAAUAUCUACGAAUUGAUCAGAGGAAGAAGACACCCAUUGCCUCAAAAUAAACUAAGGCAAUACAUGUACCAGCUGUGCAAGUCCCUGGAACACAUACAUAGAAAUGGAAUCUUUCAUCGAGAUGUGAAACCAGAAAAUAUUUUAAUAAAGCAAGAUGUCCUCAAACUUGGUGAUUUUGGGUCAUGUCGCAGUGUGUUUUCCAAACAGCCUUACACAGAAUACAUUUCCACCCGUUGGUAUCGUGCACCAGAGUGCCUCCUUACAGAUGGGUAUUAUACUUACAAAAUGGAUAUUUGGAGUGCUGGCUGUGUAUUCUUUGAAAUUGCUAGUUUGCAUCCCCUGUUUCCCGGAUCCAAUGAAUUAGACCAGAUCGCAAAAAUUCACGAUGUUAUCGGCACUCCAGAUCAAGCAUUGUUGCAGAAAUUUAAACAGUCACGGUCAAUGAGUUUUGACUUCCCUUCCAAAAAAGGCACAGGAAUAAUACGGCUAUUACCCAACAUGCCUCCUGAUUGCUUAUCCUUGAUGUGUGCGAUGUUAGAAUAUGAUCCUGAUGAAAGGCCUAAUGCAAGUCAAACUCUUCAGCAUCCUUAUUUCACAGAGCACAGAAUACUAGAAAGACCAGCACAGCACCGUAAGAUAAGAAUAACAGAAAAAUCAAACACUUCAGGAUCAAUGAACUACUUUGUGCAGAUUGCCGGACAGGGACGUAGGCAGCAGGCAUUGAGGACAAUAGCACAACCUCCCAUCCAUUACCAUGUACCUGCAUUUCCAGUGGAGCUGCCAAAACUUAAUGUACCUGGAAUAACAAAGCCUGUGCCAAAGUUUCGGUCAGUAUUCCCUACGCCUGGAAAUAAUGGGAAAUUCCCAGUACUGCCAAGUGUGAAGUACAUUGAGACCAAGGUAAAUGCAACAACACUCAACCCUUUCUUCAUAAAUGGCAGCUACGUGACCGGUGCAGAUAGCAGCAAGAGAUUCCCUUUUUAAUCACUUCGGAAGUAGGGCUGUAACAUCCUCUAUUGUUCUUAUGGCACCACUGCAUGUGAAGCUAUACCUAUGAUGUGCUCGAGAAAGGCAGGACUAUAAUGAUAACAUCAUUCAAGUGACAGUUUGAAAAGUUUUGGUUUUUUCCCUCAAAUGCACUUUAAAAUAUAUAUAGUUUGAUAUCCUGACAAGUGAUUUUGUUUUUCCAUCUUUUCCAACUAUGAUAAUUUGUAACUUUUCUAUUAAAAUCUAAACAUGGAAGUAUUA